AUGCAUACUUCACCCCCCGGGGGAUACAACGAGAUGCCCCCUCUCCCGUCCCCAGGCUCCGACGAGAGCCCCAUCCCCCCUACUGACCUCCACAUGUACCCAAUGCCUGACUACCCUAUGCCCACCAAUAACCAGAACAUGAAUGCCCGCAACGGUCCCAUGCUCCCCUCCGACUACCCCAAUCCUGGCUUCUCCAUGCCACCCAACCCUCACAUGAACAUGCCACCCAACCCUCACAUGAACAUGACUGGGAAACUGGCGAACUGGCGAACUGCUGGUCAGAAGGGAGAUCAAAAUGAGAAGGGCGAGCUUGGGCCAAUGGGUUUCACCGGCACUAAGGGGGCCCGCGGCUUCAAAGGGGACAAAGGGGACCAGGGUCUGGAGGGUCCACAGGGAGAGAUGGGGCCCCAGGGAGAGGUAGGGACCUGCCCUGCGUCCUGUGAAAGUGUCCAGGGCCAUGCAGGACAACCAGGGAUACCCGGACCGGCUGGAGCCAGGGGUCUCCCCGGGGUAGCUGGCCCUCCAGGGACUACGGGGCCCAAGGGCGACACAGGGGACAUGGGUGCCCCUGGGGUCCCCGGGACGGAUGGUGAGAAAGGUGAACUGGGAGCGGAGGGCGUGUGCAACUGCACAGAUGGAGCAGACGGGGCAGACGGUCAACAAGGGAUCCCAGGGCCCAAGGGAGAGCAGGGUGAGGUGGGCCCUCAGGGUGCCGUGGGCCUCAACGGUGAAAAGGGCAACCAGGGCGAACUCGGCAUGAUGGGCAUUCCCGGCCGUGCUCGCCAACCAUCCAGUCCUCAUUCUCCGCCGCGCUCGGCACAAUUUACCCACUACCGGACAAGCGUGCCGUUCACCCAAGUCAUCACCAACCGGCAGUUUCAUUUCGACCCCACCAUUGGCAUCUACAGGGCACCGGUGAACGGCACCUAUGUCUUCAGCUACCACCUGGUGGUGUUCAGCAAGGUGCUGAAGGUGGGUCUGUUCCAUAACUUCAACCCUAUCGUGAAGACCACGGAGCCAGCCCAUCUGGGCACCGCUAGCCAACAGGUGGUGCUCCACCUGGCCAUGGGCGACCGGGUGUGGCUGCAGGUGAAGGACACCAUCACCAACGGCAUGUACGCUGACAACGAGAGCAGAAGCACCUUCUCUGGCUUCCUGCUCCACCCCGACUCCUGCGACUUGCCCUUGUUCCGAGACUUUCCUCCAGCAGGCGCUCCAAGUGGUGACGAGGGGAACUAUAGUUGGGGGCAGAUAGAGGGGCCAACCACCACCCCAUCGCCUUAGUCAGUGAGAGUCAGUUACACAGACACAGGUUACACACACAUAUAAUAUGAAGACACACAAUCCACACACACAUACAUUAACAAAGUUCUCAAAGGAAACACCAACACAGCACCUUCUAUAAAUCAGAAGCCAUUUCGAAUGGCCUGUUAGCUCUGGGUAGUUUUCUAUAACA